UAGCCACCGGUAGACCCGGGCGACGGUGAAUGACGUCCAGAGGCUGGUGGACGGCGGUCACGCUUGGCUAACCAAGACAAUCGGGAUCAACGGUCAGUCGCGCGCCAGUAUGUAUCCUUGUUGCACCGGGAGUCGUGCACCCGCGACAUUCUCGUACUUUCUAUCAUCCCGCGCGCCUCGCGUCAUUUCGCUCCUCGCUGAUACAGCAAUAAAGUGAUUUAUCUUCAAUCGCGUCCCAGUUUCGAGACUGUGACUGAUCGCGGAGUGAUCGUUUUUCGUAAUUAGUGUUUUAUUUCAAUGCACGCAGAGCUGCAACUCUCUUUUGCGCAGCUCUUAUUUCUAAAUUCGUCGCAAAAUCAAUUUAAUAGAGUUUACAUAAGAUUCAUCGUGACAAGUUAAUGAGACAAGACGCGAAGAGAAUUUGUUUCUAGCGUUUCUACUGCCCGCAUUGGGAUAAGAUUUAUUAACAUCGCAAAUAUGCAAUUUCCCAGAGAACUUGCUUGAUUUAUUAAAUUUAUAUAUAACUUCGUUUUGCGUUUUGCGAAAGGUAGCAAGUUUAAAAAAAAAUAAGAAAAAAAACUGUUUCUUUCUGGAAAACGUGAGCAUUAAUAUAGUAUAUCUAACUUCGUCCAAAGGAAACAAUCUCUCAUCUUUUCCUUAAUUUCUUUUCCUCAAUAAAGACCAAUGAUGCAAUUUCAUUCAAAGAAGGAAAACAGUCUCGUGUUUUUUCCUUAAUUUCUGAAUGCAUUUGUGUAAACUGUUUUAUAUCACUUGGAAAUUAAGUUUAGUAAAGUUGUUAUAUCAUAUAUAUAUGCAACAGAUUACCUAGGUACUUUUCUCUGCCUUCGUCCUGUUCGACGCGAUAUAUCUUCGCAAACACCGCGAAAAAAAAAGUCACCACCGGACGCGCAGAUAAGACCUACUAAGAAUUUAGUCUGUCCCGGUCAGUAGUCGCUCAACGCACACUCAGGAUAGAAUGAACGGCGGCGAACAUUAUGCGCAAGUUCUCGCGGUUCGCGUUCGUCCUGCUCGCCGGUACGACGGCUGCGAUUUUCUGCAUGCUGUUACUGUCCCCGGAUUUUCUCACCGCCGACAGAAGGUCUUCCGCAUCGCAAAAAGAACAGGUGUCCACAAGAGAGGAAGAAAAAGAAAAUAGAAGGUCUGUCACCGGCACAAAAUCUAAUGCGCGACAGCAGUUCGCGAGGACAGUGUCCUUGGAUGCGCACCUCCUGGGGAGAGGUUUCACCGAGAAACAGGUAAAGAGUAUGUCUCCCCUGGGGAAAUGGUUAUUGGCGCCAGAAGGGACUUCACCCCCUCGGUCGAAUGCCGCCAAUAAAACUUAUUUGAUCCUGAUUUGGAGACACGGGAAAUUCUUGGAACGCAGGCAUAUCAGACAUUUCACGUCCACCAAAUUUUCACCGUGGGACCAAUGCUCAGUGUGCAAUUGUAUGCUGAGCUACGACGAAAAGGAUCUGCAUCGUGCGGACGCCGUGGUGUUUCAUUUGCACUUCACGAGGAGCCCGUCCGAGUUACCGGCGAGAAGCCGUGCGGAUCAACGGUGGAUCUUCCUGACGGACGAGUCACCCUUCCACACGUUUUUGUCCGGUAAUCAAAGACUGUCGGAUUACGACGGUCUGUUCAACUGGUCCAUGUCCUACCGAAUGGACAGCGACGUGCCGGUUCCCUACGGAAGAACGAUAAGACUGUCCGGCAGCUUUCCGGCCAAACACCGGGAUACCCUCGCGAGAGUCUCCAAGACCAAACUGGUCGCUAUAAUGGGCAGCAACUGCGGUGGCCGCAACGGACGGUGGACCUACGCGAAGGCGCUCAAGUCGUCGCUUCGCGGCGACCUGGACAUCCUCGGGGGAUGCCUGGGCGGCAACAGGACCGUCUGCCCCGGCCACUUUGACCGGGACUGCGCCACCCUGGGCGCGUACAAGUUCUACCUGUCGUUCGAGAACUCCAAUUGCCGGGAGUACCUGACGGAGAAAGUGUUCUGGAACGCGUAUCGCAAAUUCGCGGUCCCGAUAAUAAUGGGAGCGUCGCGGCAGGACUGCCGGCGAUUGUUGCCGCCGCGCUCCUACCUCCACGCGGACGAUUUCGCGGACGCGAACGCGCUCGCCGACUACCUCAGGUAUCUGGACCGCGACGACGAGCGAUACCUCGGAUACCACGAGUGGCGCAAUCAUUAUCGAGUGAUUAACGAGCACGGAUACUUCGGCAGCGCGUCCAAGCACUACUGCCGCAUAUGCGAGGCAUUGCAUUACAAUCCCGCCGUGCAGAAGGUCUACGCAAGGCUCGAGAACUUUUGGAGCAAGGAAAGGGACUGCGUUUAAGCGAGCGCUUAUAAAGUUAUUCUCUGCGAUCAUCUAGUCUUUGAAGUAUAGCCGUGAAGAUGAAUUAAUAAUUAUUGAUAGAUGAAUCUUUCGGUCAGUGAAAUUUUAGCAUUGGUUUAACGUAGGACUUGAUCCUUUAA